CUGUUUGUUUAUCGCAGGAGGAAGUCACUCUCCGGCAACUGGAAGGCCAACACGGGGUCCGCCAUGUUGGAGCAAAUCGCCAUGAACGAGAAGUUCAAGCUCUGGGUGGACGAGUGCAGCCAGCUGUUUGGUGGCCUUGACAUUGUCGCCGUUGAAGCAAUCCAGGGUAAAGACGGGAGGGAGCAUAUCAUUGAGGUGAACGGUUCAUCCAUGACCUUGCUAGGCGAGGCGCAGGAAGAGGACAGACGUCUGAUCGCAGAACUGGUCCUGGCCAAGAUGCAGACGUCGUGUAAACCGGUCUCCCAGUCAAUGAGUAAAGCAACCAGCAGUCACGCGAUUAUGCACCAAGUAAACGGCAGUCACCAAGGCAACCCGGCUGCUAAUCCAGCAAAACCACCCCAGAGCCGACAGCCGGAUGGAUCUUUGCAGCAAUCCCCUGGUCAAACAAGAGGACCACCCACGGGACCACCUCAGCCAGCACACAUGAACAAUCCCCCACCUCAGCCAUUCCCCACCCCCAACGCAGCUCCCCCCGGGCUAGCCAGAAUGGGAAGCAAGGACGAAGAAGACACCAUGAAAAACUUGAGAAAAACGUUCGCGGGGAUAUUCGGUGAUAUGUAGCCUUUAAGACCAUUCUGGUGACGUGUGACAUUUCAGCAUGUGACAUUUUACCAUACAGUUGACAUGUGACAUUUUACCAACGUGGUGAUAUGUGACAUGUUACCUCCUGGUGACGUGUGACAUUUCAGCAGGUGACAUUUUACCAUCCUGAUGACAUGUGACAUUUUACUAUCCUGAUGACAUGUGACAUUUUACCAUCCUGAUGACAUGUUACAUUUUACCCUCCUGGUGACAUGUGACAUUUCAGCAGGUGACAUGUGACAUCUCAGCAGGUGACAUUUCAACAUCCAGACCUCCGCGUCACACUGGAUGACAUCCGUAGCCCAGAGUUUCUAACUUUCUACGCUAGUAGCAGCCAAGUUUUAGCUGAGUUUGGUGUCCCAAAACAUUAUGGUACAAGUUGAACCUAUGUUCUAGCAUCGACUACAGUGUAUUUUUCUUUGUGCCAUUAUGUAAUGUGCAGCAUGAAAUAGACUAGAGUAAUUAUCGCUUCAAAUGUUUAAAAAUCAAACUUCAUCUAUGUGAUGCCAACUAUUUCAAUACUUUUAUAGACGUUUUU